AUGGAUGUUAAUAGGGUUGGUGGAAGUUUUCAUAUAGCUCCAGGAAAAAGUUUUACUAUUAAUCACAUCCAUGUCCAUGAUGUCCAACCAUUUUCAUCAUCAGUAUUCAAUACAACCCAUAUAAUAAGACACUUGAGUUUUGGUUCGGAUAUCAAAAAUGCAAACACAGCUCCUUUAGAUGGAGUUACUGGAUUGGCAAAAGAAGGUGCUGUUAUGUUUCAGUAUUAUAUUAAAAUUGUUCCAACAAUGUAUGUUUCUUUAGACAGCAAAGUAUUACAUACGAAUCAAUUCUCUGUAACUCGUCACCAGAAAUCAGUGUCAAAUGUCAAUACAGAAUCUGGUAUGCCUGGAGCAUUUUUCAGUUAUGAAUUAUCACCUUUAAUGGUGAAAUAUACAGAGAAGGAAAGAUCACUUGGUCAUUUUGCAACAAACAUAUGUGCAAUUGUAGGUGGAGUUUUUACGUUAGCAGCAAUUUUUGACUCACUUUUAUACCACUCACUGAAUGCUGUUCAAAAGAAAGUAAUGUUAGGCAAAACUGGAUAA